CUGCUCUAUGGUGCGGGCGGAAGCGGCGCGGGCGGAAGCGGCAGCGGGCAGAAGGAACGCAGGUUGGUUUGUGGAGCACAGAAACGAUGCUGUGGAAAGGAGCUGCUUAACCUCCCACAAUGCCCUUUUCUGACUUUGUCCUAGCCCUGAAGGACAACCCAUAUUUCGGAGCUGGGUUUGGCCUUGUCGGGGUGGGCACGGUCCUGGCAGUGGCUCGUAAAGGGGCCCAGUUUGGGCUGGUGGCUUUCAGGCGCCACUACAUGAUCACCUUGGAGGUGCCCAGCAAGGACAAGAGCUACCAGUGGCUGCUGAACUGGGUGUCCCACCAUGCCAAGCACACGCAGCACCUCAGUGUGGAGACAUCAUACCUGCAGCAUGAGAGUGGGCGUGUCAGCACCAAGUUUGACUUUGUCCCCAGCAUUGGGAAUCAUUUCAUCUGGUAUCGCAGGAAGUGGAUUCGCAUUGAGCGCAGCCGGGAGACGCAGGUGAUUGACCUGAACACAGGGACCCCCUGGGAGUCUGUCACCUUCACUGCGCUGGGCACCGACCGGGAGAUCUUCUUCAACAUCCUCCAGGAAGCCCGGGAGCUGGCACUGCAGAAGCAGGAGGGGAAGACACUCAUGUACACGGCCGUGGGAGCAGAGUGGCGGCAGUUCGGCUUCCCCCGCCGCCGCCGGCCCCUCAGCUCCGUGGUGCUGGAGAAGGGUGUGUCGGAGAGGCUGGUUCAGGACGUGAAGGAGUUCAUCAGCAAUUCCAAGUGGUACAGUGACAGAGGAAUCCCCUACCGAAGAGGUUACCUGCUGUACGGUCCUCCUGGCUGUGGGAAAAGCAGCUUCAUCACAGCCCUGGCCGGGGAGCUGGAGUACAGUAUCUGCCUGCUGAGCCUUAGUGACCACAGCCUCUCUGACGACCGGCUCAAUCACCUCCUGAGCGUGGCACCACAGCAGAGCAUUAUCCUGCUGGAGGAUGUGGACGCUGCCUUCAUCAGCCGGGACCUGGCCGCUGAGAACCCUGCUGCGUACCAAGGCAUGGGGCGCUUGACCUUCAGCGGCCUCCUCAACGCGCUGGAUGGCGUGGCAUCCACAGAGGCCAGGAUUGUCUUCAUGACCACCAACUAUGUGGACAGGCUGGAUCCAGCCCUGGUGCGUCCUGGCCGUGUGGAUCUCAAGCAGUACGUGGGCCAUUGCUCCCACUGGCAGCUUUCCUGCAUGUUCCAGCGCUUCUAUCCUGAGCAGCCCGUGGCUGCAGCUGAGCGGUUUGCAGAGCAGGCAUUGGCCGUCUCCAAACAGAUCAGUGCUGCCCAGGUGCAGGGCCACUUCAUGCUCUACAAGAUGGACCCUGAAGGAGCCAUUUCAAACAUAAGCUCUAUCCUGCUGUGACCUGGGGCCAGCAACACUGAGAGGACUGGGACAAAGAUGUGACCAUCCCAGAGAUGCCAUGAAGCUGCCCAGAUGCACAGGCCAGGUCUCUGUUCACCUUUACCCCUCCAAUGCCUUGUUUUGGAGAGUCAGAGCUGCCAGCCUUGCAGCAGGGAGAGGGAAUCAGCUCUUGCUGCUCCCCAAAUUUGUGUGCUACUGCACCAGCCCUGCUCACCAGUGUGUGCCUCAUGUUGGGAUUUCUGUAAGCUGCUAACGCUCUUGGAUGUGAAUCCUCUUCCUUGUGGGUCAGCCUGGGGGUUUCCUUGGGGCAGGAUAUUGGGGUGCUACACUGCUAAAAGCUGCUGGUUUUUUAAAGGACAACGGUCUCACUGGUUUGUGAAUAUCCUCUGUGAAAUGCACAACAUGGCUCUUGUCUCUCUGG